AUGUCCAAUUUUUCGUUUUACUCCAAAAAUUCACAAACAUCAUAUAAGGUGCAUUCUGAAAUGGAGUCUGAAAAUGGGGUUAAAGAUGAAAAACGAGAUGUCAUUGAGAAAACUAAUGGGGAAGAUUCGACUCUGGAUGGGAUCAAAGAAAGAGAGGAAAUCAGUAAAAGCGAAGAAUUUUCUGUUGGAAACGAAGUGUGUCAAAAUGUAUCAAAGGAAAAAGAUGUUGAUUCAUCUCGGGCAGAGGUUGAAUUGUCCCAACCUGUUUCAAAGAGUAAAGACUCUAAUGAUGGUGGACUAAAGAACAAUAAAUUGGCCAAUAAUCAAUCCAAUUCACGAGUCUCGAAUGUGCUUGCCCGUAAGGCAAAGUCGAGCUUGACUCAAAGUGUUUCAUUCCCAGUCCGAGGCCGUCACUCCGAUGUUAUGAGAAAGAGCAUUGACGUGUACCCAGUUAAGACAGAUUCUCAUAAAAAUGCUGCAAAAGUUGAGUCCCAAGUUUCUAAUGGUACAGUCACUUCAGGUUCACGCUCCAAUGUAGCCAUUAAGGGUGUGGCAAACGGAGGCAAGGCAGCCAACCGACGAACGACCAUAGCAUCUGCACCAAGCCGUCAGUCUGUGAAAUAUCAUUCUUCAAAUGGAACUGCAACGAAUACUGUAUCUGAUGCAUUGGUUGAAAGGAAUUCAAAAUCCGCCAACUCUAAAUUGCUUGUUAAGGAUGAAGAUGAUGCUCGUUCUACUACUUCAUUAAAUGCAACUUCUCAGACCCAGCGUGCAUUCUCCUUCAGGUUGGAGCAACGUGCUGAAAAGCGGAAAGAGUUCUUUUCAAAGAUAGAGGAGAAAAUACAUGCAAAGGAAGUGGAAAAGACUAACUUGCAAGAAAAAUCGAAGGAAAACCAAGAGGCAGAAAUAAAGCAGCUUAGGAAGAGCUUGAAAUUUAAAGCUACUCCUAUGCCAAGUUUCUAUAAAGCACCCCCUCCAAAAGUUGAACUGAAGAAGAUACCGACUACACGUCCAAAAUCUCCCAGGCUUGGAAGGAACAAAGGCACUGCCUCCACAGUUAGCAACUCCCUCGAAAAUGAAGGAUCAUGUCCUGUUCCACGAGUCACUACUGGCAACUCAACAAAGUCGACUCCCAAGGCAAAUGGUGUCAAGGGUAAUGCUGCUCUCAAGAAGUCCGUCAAAAGUUCCCAACCCAAGUCACAUUCCCAGGAAUCUAUUAUUGACAAAACUCAAGAAAAGCCAAGCAAAGUGAAAGCAAAAAAUGCAGUAACCGAGGCUCGAGACGAGAAAACUUGUGCUCAGAACUCCGAAGGAAUCCCCCCAAGUCAACCUGUUUGUCACCCUGAAAUUGAAGAUGGGAUGGAAAAGAGUCCUGAAAAAAAUUCUUCUAACAAUGGAUCAUCUCUGGCUUCAAUGCCAGAGACAUUGGCUGCUGAAGUCACCGUUGAAGGUUAA